CAUGACGUAGUGGGCGUAUUUAAGUCCCUGGCGCGAGAUCCUCAGAAAAGAGAAAAAGCAGUUCGAAGAACGAGGCGCGGCUCAUCAACGGUCUCUGGAAAUGAGUUUCAGUGGAAAGCUAAAACACAGCCACCAGAUGUCUAAUGAGAAUAUUAAGAGCUUUUUUACAUCAUCUCAAAGGGCAAUGGGACCCCCCAGGCAAACCCUACAGGUCCUCCAACCCUCAGCAGUCAACAAAGACUUGGGAAGGUCAGCUCAGAUGGGGAAGGUCAUUCCCAAACGAAAACAGUGGAGCUCAGAACAAUCUAGAGGACCAAAGAGGGUGAAGGUAGAAGUCAAAUCCACACAAACAGAAGAAACUCAGUGUUUGACAGAUGGCAUGUCCAAUGAAGCAUAUGAACUUAUGGUCAAAGAAACGCCCCCUUCCACCUACUGGAAAGAGGUAGCUGAGGAGCGUCGGAAGGCCUUGUACAAUGUUCUACAGGAGAAUGAGAAGUUACACAAAGACAUUGAAGCCAAAGACGAACAGAUAACAACGCUUAAGUGUGAAAAUGAAGAGCUGCAGGAGCUGGCACAACAUGUACAGUACAUGGCUGAUAUGAUUGAGAGGCUGACUGGGAAGAGCCCAGGCAAUCUGGAGGAGCUGAGGGAUAUUGCCCUUGAUGUAGAGGCCGAGUAUGACUACCACAGUGAAGUGGAAGGUCAGAGUGAGGAAGAUGAUUCUGAUUACAGUCAGAGUGACGCAGAGGAAGAAGAGACCUCAGACCAUGAACAAGCUGGACCCUCAGGAGAGCAAGAUUAACUGACACAGCUCUCCGAAGUCAUGGGACUUCGACCUGCUUAUACAGGCCAGCAGAUUUUGGGCUAAUGUGGUGUUUUGUCUUUUUGGGCGGCAACAAAAGCAAUGGCUUUCAAAGAAAUUCCAUGUUCAAACUUCACCAUUUUUUGAAACAACUGAAAUGUCAUGUUUGAGCCUUGAACGGACAGGCUGGCUUUAUUUUUAGCUUUUGCUAUACUUGUCCUACUUGGAGUAAAGAGGUAUUCAAAACUAAGCCAGCAAAGGCAAUUUUGUUCCACAGCAGACACUGACAUGUCAUAGUAGGAAAAGCACAAGUGUAAAUGACAAAUUAAUAGCUGAAUUUCACUCAGUUGCUUCAGUUUCAGGGUCCUGGCAUUAUGCAUGCUGGGUGACUGUCUAAUGGUGAUGGCUUACUGGGACAGUUGCGUAGAACAGAGCCAAUGUUAAUGUCUUCAGUAAUGUUAGAGCACAAGGAGUUCCGGGGGAAACGUCUCUGCUGCUUUUCCAGCUUCUUACAAGCUAUAACAUACAGAGUAAUCCAUUGCCAUGCUGUAGCUUGACUCGUCUCCUGCAGCAUUUAACUUGAUGGGGGUUGGAGCGGCGCUUAACAUCCCCUUGCAUGUAACCAAACCCAUAAAGACUAUGCUUUGUCAGAUUGUUUGUAAAACCAAAAUGAACCCCUCAGCCCUCUCACCUUGACUGUCAACCAUCUGUAGAAAAAUGACCCAUGUGACGUAGCGCUUGUCCUAUGAGAAGUCAAAAUGUGUGCUGUGGAAAGACUCGGCAGUGAAUUUUAUUUAUUUGCUCCAGUGAUAGUCCUACAUUCACUGUCUGGGUUUACAAUGUAAAACAUGUGCAAUGUUAUAUCAGUUGUGUACAUAGUGUCUAAAUUUUUUUUUUUUUUUUAAAUGUGUUAUGUCUUGUAGCAAGAGGAUUUCAGGCCUAUAAAUCUUGUUGCUUAGUGACAUGUUGACUGGCUGUACCCACCAUGCGGAGUAGUUGACACCCCUCUGAAUGCAUUGACCCAAAACAUUGUGUAAGCAACAAUUCUACUUCUGGGAUCCAUUCAUUAAACGUGGCUAAAAGUGCCUCCUAAUAUAUAUAUAUUUUUUUUUUUUUUAUUAUAAAAGUGACACUGGAAGGGGCUGCUUGUCUAGAUAAAACUAAGGAGUAGUGCCUGAAUCUGCAGCUCAUACUGGCUAGCGCUCAUAGCAAAUUUAGUUCAUUUGGCUGUCCAGUCUACAACUUGUUUCACUCAAUGCUUCUGUGGCUGGGAUUUGACUGCAGCAGGCUGUUCAACAAACCUUGAAAGACUCCACUGUUUAAUACCUGCUCUGAACAGCAAGUGAACAGUUGAAUUUAGCAACUAGAGAUUUGACUCGGAUGGUAGAGACCAUAAACAGUUAGAGUUAAUAUUGGACUUGUAUGAGCCAGGUGGCCAGAACCACAAUGCAAAAUGGAUUGUUGCCCUGUACCUGCAGGAUGUGUAAAUAAGCAACUGUUCUAUUUAACUUAAAAGGUUAUGUCAAUGUUUGCUACUUAUAUUCUGCCAUUUCCAUUUUCCACUACUUUAAUGUUUUGACUCCACAAUUAUCAAAUACAAAUCAAUGCUAAAGAUUAAA